AUGCCCAUCAGGCCAUUCAGCCUGCCGCCAAACCCGUCGCUGGUGGCUGUUGUAGUCAUCAUCCGAACGCGAUCAGGUCCGCGACUGGUCUUUCAUUAUCCGGGCACCCCUGAAGCCGUGCAGCGCAAUACAUCAUGGCACUUUGGAUCUGCCAAUAGCGAUUCUGAAGAAGCAAGCUCCUCGGAUGACGACCAGACUGUAGUCUCCGACGACGAGAGCACCACGUCUUCACGACAGACGGCAAGACCCAGUAUCGCAUCGCAGAGCCGUGCUGCUGAGACAAUCUCCUCCAGAAGGACUACACGCACAUUGCACUCGGAUGCCCCAGACAACGACGAGGAUGACGACGACCUCGACAACUUGGAUGUCGAACGGAAUACACCCGAAUGGGAGAAACUAUUGGGAUAUCCAGUCGAAGGGCUGGAGAUGAUGCUGUCGCCUCCGUCGAGCAUGCACAAGAAGCGCUUCGAGGUCAUGCUGGACGAUCUCGUGUUUCUCGGAUACCCCAUCUUUGUGCGCGACGAUGGCACCUGGAAGAAGAAGAAGACCAAGAGGAGGGCUUCUACAAAGGACGGAAAGAGCAGUCAGGGAGGCCAUGGACAAGAAGACGACGGGAACGACAGUGGCAGCGAUAAUGAGAACGACGAUGAUGACGAAGAAGGUGCUGAAGACAACGAUAUGUUCAGCCCACCUCUAUCACCCUUGACACCUCGACGACCACCUCAGAACGGAGAUCUACCUGGAAGCUUCCCCUCAGAACCCGCAAUGUCCGAAGCUGCCUCGGAGACAGGCAGUGCCAAUAGCAAUCAGGAUGAAAUGACCAUGUUUCACGUCGUCUUCGUCAUGAACCCUCCAGCCUUGGAGUACCAUAUUCGUCUCCAGGAAAUGUACGACAAUGUCGUCAAAAAGUUUGCAAAAGCCCUUCGCUACGAGCAAGCACGUUCGAAUGCAAUAUACCAAGAUGCAAAGAAGAUGCAGUCGCUCAAAGCACAAGCAAAGGAGAACAAAACACCCAUGUCUGUGUUAUGGCCGACUCUGAUAGCUAGCUGUUCUUUGGCAAAAGCAGUCGCUAUCCUGUAUACCAGCAUUGCGAGCAACAAGAUUGCGCACAUCAGUAUUGGUGAAGGAUUCGAGGCGAGCAUCCAGAUUCCACAGGCCAUCUCGACACCCUAUGUGCCUACGCCUACAGAGCCACAACUACCUGGUCUGUGGCUCACUACUGCCAACAGUCUAUCCGACGAUGGCCAAAGUCUAAGUCCACACGCAGCUCUUCUGCUACUCGAAGACAAAGACACUAUGCUCAAAGAGAUCGAAGGUGAUGGCAAAGAAGCGGGCUCUCCCCUCGCCUUCUUCAUCCGUGAACUCACGCCUACAAAAUCUUUGACCAAACUCUCUGCCGCUCUAUCUCUACCACUAUCAGAUGUACAAUUCCUCGCUCGUCACCUCAUCUACUGGCGUCGUGCUAGAGCGAUUCCUCCCCUCCAUAUCCGCGACUCAUACAUUGUAUCACCCAACUGCGAUAUGCGUCAACUCACCAAAGCUAUGCCGUUAUACGCUCAACAAUUUUCUGCUCUUCCUUCUCUGCCCAAGAUGCUGCAGAACUUGAGUGGCAAGCCCAUCCAAUAUGGCUUUCUGAUCCCAAGCAAGGACCACAAACCUGCUUAUAUGGACAUCUUGGCUUGGCUGUUGAGAGGCGGCUGGGCAACGCAACUCCGAACUUUCGCUUGGGUCAAGGUGUCGCCUGCUGUCAAGGUAGCCGUGGCAGUGAAAUUGAAACAGGAGUUUGAGGAUAGGAUGGCCAAGCGACCGCCCUCUGCCCUCAAGACCUCUGCUGCUGCAACACACUCGCGAUUGAGCAGCCAUAGCGCGGAUACCAGACGUAUCUCUGAAGACUCGUAUGACGGCGGCAUCUCAGAGGUUGCGAGCAGUAGAUUGAGUGUAUCCUCCGCGCAACUGCUUUCGCCUACAUUGAGUAGAUCAGCCAGCGCUAGCGAUGCAGGAAGUAAUGGCAGUGGAAGGACAGCUAUCCCCCCACCUGCUGGUCCCCAACGCGCAGAUACAUCGCCGAAUUUACAUGCGAGUAAGGAAUUGGCGCCUUCGUCUCCUUCGGUGUUGUCGAAUAGCAGUGUUUCUGGCCACGAAGAUGAUGCGUCCACCAUUCACUCCGCAGCAUUGCCUUCGACGGAUAUCGGGACGUAUCGACAGACUUUGGUUUUGUCGCCGCAUAAAGCUUCCACGGAGGAAAGUAGAUGGUUGGCGCAUAUUGGGGCGAAUCUGGAGGAUGGGGAGGUCAAGGAGCAUUGGGGUGUUUUGGUCAAGCAUUUUGAUGGCAAGAGGGCUAUGGAGGAGGUUGCGGCUAGAGAGGGCUUGAAGAGGAGUAAAGUGCAGGGAUUGUUGCAUAAAUUGGAGCAAGAGGGUGUGUUGUAUAUGGUGAGGCAUUGGUAG